AUGGGUCCGACGGCGAAUUUGGGAAUGAGAUCAGUGAGCGCUGGAAUGAGUACCACCGGGGGUCUAGGACGUUAUAUUAUAGGAACACCCGGAUACAAUCUUGGUGGAAUCAAUGGAAGUGGUCAAUAUCCAUAUACUGGAUUACCGACGUUGAUCGAUCCUGAAACCCCGAUGGAUGUUUACAAACGUACUGGUUCCGAUGGGGAGGAAUGGAACUUAGUAUUCAGUGAUGAGUUUAAUAAAGAUGGAAGGACUUUUUAUAAUGGUGAUGAUCCGUUUUUCGAAGCUGUGGAUUUACAUUAUUGGCCUACGAAUGACUUCGAAUGGUAUGAUCCUUCCGCCAUCACCACCCAAGAUGGUCAUCUAGUCAUAACCAUGACACAAGAACCCAUCCAUGAUCUAAAUUUCAAAUCUGGAAUGUUACAAUCCUGGAAUAAAUUAUGUUUCAAUACCAACGCAUAUUUCGAAGUGUCCGCUUCAUUACCAGGUUCACCAAACAUAAACGGUUGGUGGCCAGGUAUUUGGACAAUGGGUAAUUUAGGUAGACCAGGUUAUGGUGGUACGACAGAUGGAAUGUGGCCAUACACAUACGAUUCAUGUGAUAUCGGUACACUCGCGAAUCAAACUUAUUUAAAUGGUACAGGACCAGAAGGAGCUUUAUUUUCUGGUAAAGAUUCAACUUCAAUUUCAUAUCUACCUGGACAAAGAACUUCCGCAUGUACAUGUAAAGGUGAAGAUCAUCCAGGACCAAAAGAAUCGAUUGGAAGAGGAAUACCUGAAAUUGAUAUGUUAGAAGCUCAAAUUGAUAUAAUGAGAGGAAUAGGACAAGUUUCACAAAGUUUUCAAACCGCACCUUUUGAUGAUUAUUAUCAAUUCAAUAAUUUAACUCCUGUUUGGAAUAAUUAUUUAGGUGGUGUUUAUCAACAAGCUAUCAGUAGUUUAACGGAUAUACCAAGAGAUUCUUAUUGGGGUACCAAAAAAGAAUUUACGGUUUUCGGUUUUGAAUAUAAAAGUAAUAAAUUGAAAAGAGAAGAUGGUUAUGUUACUUGGUAUGUUGAUGGAAAUGAAAGUUGGACUUUGUAUGGUUCGGCUGUUGGACCAAAUGAUAGGAUGGGGAUUGGACAGAGGUUGGUCAGUGAAGAACCUAUGGCUUUGAGUAACAACUUUGCUAAUGUUGAUUUUAACCAUAUGACCUGGCCGAAUUAUCUUCGAAUAGAUUAUUUGAGAGUGUACCAGAAUAAAGAUGGGACCGUGGGGUGUGAUCCUGCUGAUCACCCAACGGCCGAUUAUAUCGCAAGACAUGCGGAAGUGUAUAAUAAUCCAAAUAUCACCACUUGGACUGGGGCUGGAUACCCAUUCCCAAAGAACAGACUGAAAGAUGAUUGUACAUGA